UUUGGUGCACCAGAUACCUCAAUUUGUCUUUCAACAUUGUCUCACCAAACCAUUUCAAUUUUCUGAUUUCCCAUUAUUACCAACCAUCACUAUAAAAACGUAAGAAAUAGAAUAUUCAACAAACCAACCACCAUUUCCUCGUCUACCCAUCAAUUGCUUCUUGCUUCCUGUUUUUGUUUUCAUAUAUCACCUUUUUGCUUUGGAAACAUCACUCUAAACCCAAUAAAUCUUACUCACUUCUGUGGUUUUCCAAAACGUGUACCAUGGACAUGGAGUUUUUGCAGUCUUUAGAUAUUCAGCUCCUUGUGGGUGGAGCUGUGGCUCUUGUCGCCAUUAUUGUUGGUGCUGCCUUCUUGUUUUCCUCCAAGAAGCCCAAAGGGUGUUUGGAUCCUGAGAAUUUCAAGGAGUUUAAGCUUGUUAAUCGCAAACAGCUGAGCCAUAAUGUGGCAAAAUUUACAUUUGCACUUCCUACACCGACUUCAGUUUUGGGUCUCCCAAUUGGACAGCAUAUUAGCUGCAGGGGCAAAGAUGGUCAAGGUGAAGAGGUUAUAAAACCAUAUACCCCAACCACCUUGGAUUCUGAUGUUGGUCAUUUUGAAUUAGUUAUUAAGAUGUACCCACAAGGUAGGAUGUCACACCAUUUCCGUGAGAUGCGUGUUGGUGAUUAUCUUGCUGUGAAGGGACCCAAGGGUCGAUUCAGGUACCAACCUGGCCAAGUUAGAGCAUUUGGGAUGAUAGCAGGAGGUUCUGGCAUUACUCCAAUGUUCCAAGUUGCUAGAGCUAUACUAGAGAACCCCAAAGAUAAAACAAAGGUGCACCUCAUUUAUGCGAAUGUUACAUAUGAGGACAUUCUUUUAAAGGAAGAAUUGGAUGGACUUGCUGCUCAGUACCCUGGUCGCUUCAAAAUAUAUUUUGUGUUGAAUCAGCCACCUGAAUCUUGGGAUGGAGGUGUUGGCUUUGUUUCAAGGGAAAUGAUUCAAACCCAUUGCCCUGCUCCAGCAGCUGAUAUUCAGAUCCUUAGGUGUGGUCCACCACCCAUGAACAAAGCCAUGGCUAGUCACCUUGAAGCUCUUGGAUAUGCACCAGAGAUGCAGUUCCAGUUCUAAGCCUUCGGAAAAUUGUUGAAUUCUUCAUCUGGAAAGAUAUGAGUCGUGUGGCACUUGACACUAAAACACCUUCUCCCCUAUAGUUUUUUCAACAAAGCCAAAAUAACUGUUAAACAUUGAACAGGGAGCAAUUUUUGUUAUUUAUCUUUAUUUUACAUUUGAAAGGAUUCUAUUUCCAAUGUACCCAGAAUGCGGAAAACAAUCACUUUGUCAAGAAGAAACAGUAGGGGGUGAAAAGUUUGCAAAA